GUGGCCCGCAGGCCUUGAGUUUGACACAAGUGCUCUACGGUAACACCAGGCGAAACCGGAACACACCAAAUUCCACACUUUGUGUCUGUACGGACUUAUUUCUCUUGCCCCCUUCAGAGCAGCAAUGACCGGGUGAUGUUCGGUAUUUUAUCUUUUGUAAACAGCAUACUGGGGAUGUAGAGUUCAUGGUUAUGUUGUGUUUAGCGCGUUUUCAAUAGUUUUUGGUGUUCCGACUAACGUAUCACGCCUUUAAUCUUGUUAUCUUCAACUAGUAGUGUUUACGCUGUGUUCGCACACAGCGGCAGUUUGUUUAGUCGAAGAUGCCUUGGACAGCUCAAACCUGCCAGGGCUGCGGUGGCUCAAACAUCGUCGAAGAUGAUCUGUACUGUCAACCGCAGCGGGUGUGUGUGGACUGCGGGUCCGUUGUGUCAGAGGGAGUCCUGGCCUCUGAACCAGUGGUCGGACCAGUUGUCACAUACAGCAGAACCACAGCUGUGGCCAAAAAGCCAUGUCUGAACCUGAUAAAAGGUCUGCAGCGUGUGAAAGCCAUGUGUCGGAUUCUCAUGGUCCACAGAGAAAUUGAGCAGCUCUCGCAGACCUAUUACAACAAGGCCUAUCAGCAUGAAAGUUUCCUCAAAGUAAGCCUCCAGAAGAAAGAAGUUCUCGCUGGGUGCUGUGUGCUUGUAAGCUGCAGACUUCUCAACUGGCCCAUUACCAUGGCAACCAUCCUCUGCCUGAUCAAUGCUGACCCAACCCUGGUGGGAGAGGUUUAUCAAGAAAUGAUCAGUGCUCUAAAAAUUGAGGCGCCUAUCGUCCUCAUCACUGAUGUAAUAGAGACCCACAUUCAGGAGUACAAAAUCAGCUCUCUUCAUCUUCCUGAAGAAUUUGCUGAGAACUCCAAGGACUUGACCAGAUGUGCUGUAGCUCUGGUGGAGCUGGCAGCAGAUUCCUGGAUUGUGACUGGUCGCAAACCCGUCCCUAUCAUUAUGGCGGCAGUCUAUUUGGCUUGGCAGUCCCUGAGACCCACCAAGCAACGGCUCAAAACCUCUUUGGAGAAAUUCUGUCAGAUUGCAAAAGUGAAUAAGUACAGACCUGCUGUGAAGAGGAUAGCUGAGAUAAAGGAGGCACUGUGUAAGCUGGGUAAAGAGAUUCCUUGGGUCAGGGAAGCAGUGACACCAGAUAAUGUUGUUCAGCACGUGGAGGACAUUCUGCAGCACAGGUACGCCCUGCUAAGGAGGGCUAUGAGAACCCACCAGGAUGCUCUGCAGGAAGGACGUAAGGCUGGCUUUGACAACUCUCUAACUGAGGAGACUGAUUCAGUCCAAAGCUCUGAGCUUGUAGAGCAAACUCCAAACUCAUCCUCUGUAAAACAGUGUGAACCGAAUGAAGAAGGGGCCCCACAACCAAGAGAUGGAGAUAAUAAUCCAUGCACAGUAUCUGAGCUGCACAGCGGCCCUCACGAGAGGAAUGAUGUGGAACUAAACUGGGGGAAGAGAGUGCUGUUUGCUCCCCCAUGUGUGAUUCGUGCCAAGAGGAGGAGAGUGGAGCAGCCAGAACUCCAGGAUGUAACUGGUGAUGAGGAAAUCUCUGACAGUGAAAUUGAUUCAUACAUCCGCACUCCUCAGGAAGCUAGAGACUUUGCUUUGACACAGAAGAUGUUUGAGAAAUCAUAACCAGUUAUGGAGAUCAAUGUUUUCUUAUGUGGUUAUGGUUGUACAGGACAAAAUAUUUUAUGAGCUUAAAUGCAUGUUUUGUUUGAGUUUGAGUAUUUCAGUUAGGAUCCACAUAUUUUUAUUUCCAUAAGACUUGGUUAAUGAUGAGAGAUGCUACAACCUUUUUUAGCUAGUUUUAACCAGUCUAAGUAACAGAUUGGUUCUGAGACUUGGUUUACUUUCAAAUAAAGGUGGGUUGAAAUGGUUAUUGGAUACACCGCAUUGUGCAAUAAAAAAAAUGGUGUGAGU